AUGGAUGAUGAAAAUAGAACAGUAGUUGUAGAUAUAGGGACAUACGAAGUCAAAGCAGGAUUUAGUGGAGAUGAAUUACCUCUUGAUCCAAUUCCUUCGAUUGUUGGUCGUUGUUGUGCUGGAUGUAGUCGAUCAGGAAUGAAAGGAAUGGGAUUCAAAGAAUUCUAUGUUGGUGAAGAGGCAGUUAGAAAGAGAGGUAUAUUAAGAGGUGUUUCUAGACCGAUUGAAAAGGGGAUGGUAGUCAACUGGGAAUCAAUGGAAAAGAUGAUGCAUCAUAUAUUCUAUCAAGAACUACGUGUUUCACCAGAUGAACAUCCACUACUCAUUACAGAGACACCCAACACUCAGAAAGUGAAUCGUGACAAGAUGUUACAAAUACUAUUUGAAACGUUGGAGACUCCAUUGCUGAGUAUUCAGAAUCCAUCGUUACUGACACUACAUGCUCACAACUUGACUAGUGGUGUUGUACUAGACUGUGGUUACACUACUAGUCAUGUGACUGUCGUCAAUGAAUCAAACAAAGUGUCGUCGUAUGAAAAGCUAGAUUUUGGAGGUUCACAAGCGACUGAUCUAUUGGAAGAUAUGUUGAAAAAGGAAAGAGGGUAUCGUCGGUACACAAGUUCAUUCGACGGUGUGAUCAAUUCUAUCAAGACUGAAAUAGGGUAUAUUGCACUACACUAUGAAAAGGAAAGAGAGAUGGACACUACCGAACAAGAAAGAGUAUACCAACUACCAGACGACCAAACAAUAACAGUUGGACAAGAACGAUUCAGAUGUUUUGAACCAAUAUUUCAACCAUCGUUGGCUGCAAUAGAGAGUGACGGUAUUCAAGAUAUUAUUUAUAAUUCAAUUAUGCGAUGCAAUGUUGAUACUCGACGACUACUCUUCGAUAAUAUAGUAUUGAGUGGUGGCAAUACUUUGGUGGCUGGCAUGACCGACCGUUUGACAAAAGAGUUGUCCAACAUGUCCAGCUCACCCGUACGAGUAAUUGCACCAGCCAACCGAAAAUACUCUGCUUGGAUAGGUGGUAGUAUCAUCUCACAACUAUCAACCUUUCAACAGAGUAUGUGUAUUUCUAAAGAACAAUAUAAUGAAAAUGGAUCAUCUAUUUUUAAUUCAAUCGUGUAA